AUGGCAUCCUCUACAACAUUGCGCACCAUUACGAACCGCCUAACAACCACUCCGGUUAACGAGCUGCCGUAUGUCGCAGCAUUUCUUGCUUCCUCGCUCAGUGAUUGUACUGAAUUCAAUGCCCAACCCGAACCCAUAAAGAAGUCAAAUGCGGAUGGCAAUAAUGGUUCGCAGGUCAACAAACUCAAGGCUCGUUUGACGAGCCUUUUGCAAGACCGCAGUAUGGAAGGGAGAUGGACUGCCGUGGUGUUGAUAAAGGCCCUUUUAGAAGCUGGCGGGUGGGAAAUACUUCGCGAUUGCGGGCCUUGGGUUCGCGGACUGCUUGCGAUUCUCUCGAAAUCGGAUCCAUCCUCAACCAAGAAACUGUCAAUAAUUACCUUGACUCGCAUCUUUCAUCUUACCUAUCAGUACCCGACGUUAGUGCGAGAAAUUACUACUCCCAACCUACCUGGCUUCAUUACAACCUCUCUCAACCUCAUACACGCGAAAAAGGCAUUAGAAUCCGCUAGGACCUCUAAGGAGUCGUCUCUUCUGGAAACAGUUCUCGCAGCGUUCGCAGAGUUGAUUGGUAGACACCCGACCAUCUUCCGUCCUUUCGUUAACCAGCUACAGAAAUUUUUACUCCCAAUAUUAUGUUCUUCGACGGUCAAUAGCUCUUUGUCCUCAAGAGCCAUACACCUUGCGCAGGAAGUCUUUGUUGCACUACAUAACUGCGCUCCCAAAAACACAUCAGGCGAGCAAUGGACAAAUGACUGCAAGAACACUAUAUCUUCCAUCCACCAGGCUGCAGACCAUGUUUUUCGGAGUGUGAUAGAACAAUGGGAGUCAUCGGACCCUAAUCUCAAGCCAAGAAAGAUGUCGAAAUACACGAGCGACUUGCCUCGAGAUGACGAACAGGAUGCAUUGGGUCUUCCUGCUUGGCAGGGUUUACCAGCCGGUGCCACCAAAAUCGCGGCACUUUUGAACUUAUUGGCCCAAUUCAUCUCAAUACGGACAGCGUCAGCCAUCAACUACCCGAUCGGGGCUAUUCUAAACCUAACAUCGCGACUGACGUCUGUUACUGUUCCGAAAACCGGCGAGGGACAGGCCAAUCCUGAUUUCACUCGAGACGAGAGAGCUUCUCUGUACAUGGAGCUACCCAGAAUCCACGCUGCAUGCAUUGAUCUAUUUCGCGCAAUCAUGAGCACUUUUGGCUCCGGAGUAACACCUGUUAUUCACACGAUUUUAGAGCAGACUCUCUGGGUAUUCGAAGCAGAGAGCUUCAACAACGGCAUUCGCGAGUCAUCAUAUUUACUCAUCGGCGACAUAUUAUCGCUAGUGGGGCGAUCACUUGUAAAACAGAACGUCUUUGCAUUGAGUUCUCUUGUCCGACAAUGUUGUCGUGACCUCGUACCAGUUGAUACCGCUCGCGCAACUCAAGACCAACAAAACACCACAAGCAAGGGCGGCAAGAGCAAAAACAGCCAACUCAAUAUGAACGUAGAUGUCAUUCUCAAUCCUGCUCUCAAAGAAUCGAACACCAACAAGGAAAGUAACAUUGGGAGACAGGACUCGGCGGCAAUGGCUUUACUUCCUUUACUAUACAAUUAUCUACCCACCGAAUUCAUUCCCAUGCCGAUUCGGACGGAAAUGGAACGAGUUACUAUUCUAACGUCGAAUCGGUCAGCUAUGGUUGCUAGCGUGAUGAAUCCAAUUCCACCUGUCAAGGGGCGUCGAGCAAUUCCAAGUAUUCUGCCGUUCCUGGCAACGAGAUACGCCAAAGAAUUGGAAGUAGAAUGUCUGAUUCGUCCCCGGAUGCCAGUGCUUCUCGGGAACACCGGAGAACAAUACGACGCAGAAGAUUAUGAAGAACAAGAGGGGUCUAUGGAUACUGAUGUGCCGGCUGUUCCUGUUUCUAGCGUUGACAUACAACAGUUAUCCUCAAAUUUUGCAAAUAACGUCCAGCCUGCCACCGUUGUACAACCGCCAUCCACAGCAACACAGAAUAAGAGGAUUCUACCAGAAGAUUCUGAUAAGUCGGGUCCAUCGCAAGCUAUCUCGGAACAAAGUAUCCCACCACAGGCGAAAAAGGCUCGUUUCGGGGACGGAGAGGUGCAAGUCGCAUCUACUACCCCUGUUGUACCUGUUACUCUUUUUGAAGCUUCAGCGUCACCAGCUAUCAUUCCGCCUACAGCGACACCGGUGACGUCUUCUAUCAUGGAUUCCAGUGCUCCGAGGUACAGCUCUGUAUCUACUGAUAGGAAGAAACCCGAUGGUGGUGCGGCUGCAGGAAAUAUCGACGAUGAUGACAGUGAUGAUGAGAUGCCGACGCUGAAUAUUGAGCCGGAUACUGAUGAAGAUGAAGACGAUGAAUAA